ACACACACACACACACACAAAUUAAACCCUCCUUUAAUCGAAUGCUCCUGUGACGACUCUGUUUACUUCUUCCUUCUCUUCCUCGGCAACAACAACCAACAACACCCUUCUCCUCCUCACUCUAUCCCGCAAAAUCUCUCUCUCUCUUCUUCUUCGUCUUCGUCUUUUUAAUUUCUAAUAGCCGCAAAGCACACAAGCCACCAAGCAUGUCUGGUCUGUAUAAUUACAACUUCUCACCUUCUAGAGCCGCUUCUCCCCAGAUUAGAACUACCUCCGAUGUUGACAGUCAAUACUUAUCUCAAUUGUUAGCAGAGCAUCAAAAGCUUGGACCUUUCAUGCAAGUGUUACCCAUAUGUAGCCGACUCUUAAAUCAAGAAAUUUUCCGGGUCUCCGGAGUGAUGCCCAACCAAGGGUUUACCGAUUUUGAUAGGUUGAGGCAUCGAAGUCCUAGUCCAAUGGCUUCACCAAGUCUUAUGUCUAAUGUUCCCGGUGCUGGAUUAAGUGGUUGGAAUGGUCUUCCACCAGAGAGAAUAGGUGGUCCUCAUGGAAUGGCAAUGGAGUGGCAAGGUGCGCCUGCUAGCCCAAGUUCAUACACAGUGAAGCGUAUCUUGCGUUUAGAUCUUCCAGUUGAUACCUAUCCGAAUUUCAAUUUUGUGGGAAGGCUUCUUGGUCCUAGAGGGAACUCAUUGAAGCGAGUGGAAGCAACUACUGGUUGCCGUGUGUUUAUUAGAGGGAAAGGAUCAAUUAAGGAUCCUGACAAAGAAGAGAAACUGAAAGGGAAGCCUGGCUAUGAGCAUCUCAAUGAGCAGCUGCAUAUUCUCAUUGAGGCUGAUCUUCCUAUUGAUAUUGUGGAAUUAAAGCUGCGGCAGGCCCAAGAAAUUAUCGAGGAGUUGGUCAAACCUGUGGAUGAGUCACAGGAUUACAUCAAGAGGCAGCAGUUGCGAGAGCUCGCGUUGCUGAAUUCAAACUUGAGAGAAAACAGCCCAGGGCCAAGCGGUAGCAUCUCUCCUUUCAAUUCAAAUGCAAUGAAACGCCCAAAAACAGGGCGCUAAGACUUAGCCAUUGAGAGAUACUGAUAAAAAGGUAUUGUGUAUAUGUGUAUAACUAGCCUAAUGGUGUUGGUUGCGUCUGCUCUUGGUUCUCCUGCUUACCAUCUUGAUCUGCACUGAUGCUAAAAAGCACAUUGCACCAAGAGAAGUCCCAUGUUUUCCUACUUAACCAGAGAUUGAUGCAUUGUAACCAUUAAGAUAGAUAAUGUGGAUUUAUUCAUGUGUUGAAGUAAUUGUAUUCUUGAUUCUGGAAUGUUGAUCUAGUAAUAUAUUAUUUGGGGAUAGAAGCCUACCAAUUCAGGAGGAGAAUCAAAAUGUAAUCUUCUGAUUUUAGGUAGCAUUAAGUUGUCUUUUGGUUA